AUGAAGCUCGUGCCGACUCUAUUCUCCCUCCUGGCGGUCCUCGGGGCCGCCUCGGCAGGAGACGUCCGUGGAGUCGACCCAGCAGUGGCUGCGCGCUAUGUCCCUUCUGCCGAGGGAACAUUUGCUUGCCUCGACGGCUCGAGCGUCAUCCCCUUUAGCGCCGUCAACGACGACUACUGCGACUGCGCGGACGGCUCAGACGAGCCCGGCACGUCUGCCUGUGAGGGCCGCUCAGCCGCGUACUUCUUCUGCUGGAACCGCGGCCAUAUCCCUGGCAAGGUCCUGGCCAGCCGCGUCAACGACGGUAUCUGCGACCCCGAGUGCUGCGACGGCUCGGACGAGUGGGCGUCGGGUGCUUGCCCCGACCGCUGUGCCGAGAUCUCAAAGGUGCACAGGGAGAAGGUGGAUGCGGAGCAGAAGACACGUCGUACCGGUGCCAAAAUCCGCUCGACGUACGUCAGCUUUGCCCAGAAGGAGAAGACACGUCUGGAGGAGGAGCUCGCUGCCAAGCGGGCAGAGGUUGCCGACAAGGAGCUCGAGGUCGAGGAGGCCAAGGCCGCUCUUGACAGGGCCGAGUCACAGAGCCGUGACGCUAUUGAGCGUAAAAAGCAGUCGCCUCUGUACCAGUCGGUCGAGAAGCACCGUGACGUCGUGAAGCGCCUGAAGACCGACGUCGAGCUGCUCAAGGACGACCUCAAGACUGUCCUGGACCUUCUCGAGGAGCUGUCAAAGGGCUACAACCCUAACGGCCAGGACAUGGCCGUCAAGCACGCCGUAAUCAACUACAAGGAGCUCAUCGGCCGUGUGGAGGUGCCGGAGACACCAAAGGAGGGCGUGGAGGGCGAGGAAGCCAAUGCCGAGGCUCAGGUCGAGGGUGGCGAGCCCGAGGCGGCUGCAGCCAAGCUUAACCACAUCCGCAACCCGGACGGCGAGAUCCCCAACUGGCAAGUUGACGAUGUCCUCCGCCAAGACCUUGAGGGCUUGCUCGUUUCGAACGACGGUGACGACGACGACGACGAGGAUGGGCUCCUCUACCGCCUCGAGGAGUACAUUCCCGACUCGAUGUUUGAGUACUACGACACCGCGCGUGAAGCCAUCGUGUCCUGGCUUACCGACUUUGGUGUCAUCAAGCGGAAACAAGUUGCUGCGGACGGACCUCACGUCGCUACCGCUCGCGACAAGCACAGGGCCGCCGAGCGCUCCUUGACCGACACCAGGUCUCGCAUCCGUGACAUUGAAACCACUUUGGACCAGAUCUCGACCCAGAAGCAUUACGGUCCGCAGGGCGAAUGGAAGAAGCUCGACGGCACCUGCAUCGACACGGUGGCCGGUGACUACACGUACGAGCUGUGCUUCUUUGGCGGCGCAAGGCAAAAGAGCAACAAGGACUCGUCGUCCAACUCGCUCGGCAGCUUUGCCGGCUGGAACACUGAGGGUGAGCGCGGCUCGUACGGCUACUACACCAAGCAGCGGUACCGUAACGGUGCCAAGUGCUGGAACGGCCCUGAGCGCGCCGUCAACGUCGAGCUGUCGUGCGGCACCACCAACGCCAUUCUGUCCGUCACCGAGCCUGAAAAGUGCGAGUACAAGUUCAAGGUCACGACCCCUGCGCUGUGCUGGCCUCUUGAGGGCGACAAGCCUGCUCCCAAGGCCCAGGCCGCACAGGCCCAGGACGCCGUCAAGGACGAGCUGUAG